AUGGUUAUUUCGUCCUACCUCAACAUGAAAGAAUACCAAAGGCUUUUGAUGGUUCAAGUUGUAUUCGCCAAUUUCGCUGCCUUCUUAUUCGCUACUUCAACAAUUUAUCAGAUUUAUCCCUACCCAGUUUAUCUCUCCCAUUAUCCACAGUCUCUGAUUCCCUAUCAAAUGAUGCUGGUAUUCAGCGCCAUCGGACUUUGCAUAGCCCUAUUGAGCUACAGUUUUCUGCAUAAUUUCGUCGUCUGCUCUCAGAUAACGUGUCCUUGCUUUUCCGACUGGAGAACUUCCCUGUUGUUUUCCAAACUUUUUGUCCUCUGUCUGACGUUUUCCGCCUUCGUCUUGUCGUUUUUCUUAAUUUUCACGGGAUUGGAAAUGGAUAUGAGCUUUACGCAAGCCAAAGUUCUGGAAAUGGAUCCGAGGAUGAGCUAUGUGUUCUCGCGACACAACUUUUUCAUCCCCCAUAUCAGUUGUGCGAUGCUCAUUCUGCUUAUUGUUGAUUCGCUUGGAAUGCUUCUACUUCUGGUACUGUGCGUACUUGUUCUGGGAAUGUGA